AUGAAUGAAAAAUACACCAAAACUUCAACAAGUUCAAGUUUCAUCACAAUAAAAGCUCCCGAUGUACAAGAAAAGGUGACCAGUAAACUUAAAAAGACGAACUCAAAUUUCGAUAAUUCAACAACAUGGAACAGUUUUCUUACGACUAUCAGUAUUCUCUCAGUACUUCUCUGUUUUCAAAUCGCCAUUUCAUUGAAUCCACAUUCUGGAGAAUCUCAACCACCAAUGUUUGGAGAUUAUGAGGCACAGAGACACUGGAUGGAAAUAACAUUAAAUCUUCCAAUAGAGCAAUGGUAUGUCAAUGGAACACUAAACGAUCUUCUCUACUGGGGACUCGACUACCCACCUCUUACCGCCUAUCAUCAUAAUCUUUUGGGAGUAAUAGCUUACAAAAUCAACAAGUCAUGGGUGGAAUUGACGGAUUCACGUGGAUUCGAAUCUGUUGCUCACAAAAUGUUCAUGAGAAUCUCUGCAAUUGUUCCAUUCUACAUUUUCUACCUUCCUCCUCUUAUAUUCUUCUAUUUGAAUUCGAAAAAAACUUCACCUAUGUCAUAUGCUUUGGCUUUACUCUACCCGGCUUUGUUGGUCAUAGAUAACGGACAUUUUCAAUACAACAGUAUUUCUCUUGGAAUGUUCCUUGCCACGUACGUUUUCCUGACUAACAAUUUCACUAUUCUUGGCUCGAUGUUCUUUGUGGCUGCUCUGAAUUACAAACAGAUGGAACUGUACCACGCUCUACCAAUCUUUGUAUUCAUUCUCGCCAGAUCUAUUAACAAAGCACAACCACUUGAUAGUGUUUUUAAAAUUGCAAAAAUCGGAGCUGUCGUCAUCUCAACUUUCAUUCUUAUCUGGCUUCCAUUCAUCUUGACAGGAACUGCAAAGGAUGUGCUUCUUCGUGUUUUCCCGUUCAAUAGAGGUCUUUACGAAGACAAAGUGGCCAGUUUCUGGUGUGCGUUCUCCUUCAUUUUGAAACGAUUACCAUUCCAAAGUGUGCAAAUAUAUUUAAGUCUUGAAUCCUUUGAAAAAGUUAAAAAGGAAUAA